AUGCCGACUGAGAUUUUGAACGCAUUUCUGGCAGACACCACGUGUGAGACAUUAUCGAAGCAAUUACAACAAAUAUGGGAUGAGGUUGGUGAGAGUGAUGGUGAACGCAAUAAGAUGUUGCUUCAAAUAAACCAGGAAUGCUUGGAAAUUUACAAGAGAAAAGUUGAUCAAGCUGCAAAGUCGAGAGCACACCUUAUUACCCAGUCAAGAUCAUUCCUUUGCCGGGCGUUAGCUGAUGCAAAAAUUGAGCUUUCUAGGCUUGGUUCAGCUCUCGGAGAGAGAACUAUAUUUGACAAGCCGACACGGACAAUCAAGAAACAAUUGGCAGAUAUAGGCUUAAAACUAGAACAUCUAUCGGUGUUGAAAGAAAAAAGGGAGGAUGAAUUUUCUGAUGUACAAUCACAGAUUCGAAAGAUAUGUGGGAAAGUUGCUGGGUAUUCGAAACUUACCGAACAUGCAGAGACUCCCACUGAUAACGAGGAUGACUUGUCUUUGGAGAAGUUGGAUGAAUUUCGUUCUGAACUCAAGAAGCUUCAAGAAACGAGUGACAGGUACAGAAUUUCAAAGGUUCGUAACCUUGUAGACGCUGUGUAUGACCUCUGCUUUGUAUUGGGGAUGGACUUCCAAAGCUUCAUUAAUGAAGUACAACCAAACUUAACUGACUUUCUGGAGGUACGAUCCGAGAGUAUCAAUAUUGGAACUUUACUAAAGUUGGCCAAGGCAGUAGAACAUCUAAAGAAAGAGAAGAUAGAGAGAUUUGAAAAGCUUCAAGACCUAGCAAGACAGCUAAUUGAUUUGUGGAGCUUCAUGGAUACCUAUACGGAGGAAAGAAAUUCGUUUGAUGAUGUUAUCGAUAACAUCUCAGCUACAGUUGAUGAAGUCAACGUCCAUGAAGCCCUUUCCCUUUCCUCGAUCGGGCAUGCUGCAUUGGAGGUCGAAAGGCUUAAACUAAAAGCCAGCAAGAUGAAUGAUGAACGUAAAAUAAUGUCUACUCGAGGAAAAACAAUGGCUCUCCUCAAGCCAGAUGAAAUGAUAAAAGCAAAAGUAGAGGCUGGCAGCAGUAAAGAAUUGUUGUUGGGUCAGGUUGAAACAUGGAUUUCAUCAUGCAUAUCAGAUGGUGGUUGGAAGAAUAUCAUUGGGUAA